CGCCCCCGACUCGCCGCUCGGCUCCGCUCGGGCAUUUCCGCCUCUUUGUUUUAAACUCCGGACGGGUUUUUUUCUCCUGCUCUUGGGGGGGACCAGGAGGGAGCGGCACCCCCCUCCCGCUCCCGGCGCUGCCCCCGCGUGCGCCCCGCUCGCCCGCAGCCGAGACGGCAGGCUUCAAAAUGUAGCAGAGGGUUCCAGGCUGCCAUGUACAGAAAAUGGACAGAGAGCAAGGGGCAGAAGGGAGGCCCAGAUGUGAAGCCGCGCAAGGCAGAGUGAAGCUGCUGGUGGGGUGCCCCCGCAUCAGGGCCGCAGCCUGAGCGCCCAGUGCAAAGGCAGGAGGAGGCGCUGAAGACAUCUAGAGGAGAAGCCAAAGAUGUUGACCAGAAAGAUUAAACUCUGGGACAUAAACGCCCACAUCACCUGCCGCCUGUGCAGCGGAUAUCUCAUCGAUGCGACCACGGUGACCGAGUGUCUGCAUACGUUCUGUCGGAGUUGCCUGGUCAAGUAUUUGGAGGAGAAUAACACCUGCCCCACGUGUAGGAUCGUGAUCCACCAGAGCCACCCGCUGCAGUACAUUGGUCAUGACAGAACCAUGCAGGACAUUGUUUACAAACUGGUUCCAGGCCUUCAGGAAGCGGAAAUGAGAAAACAGAGGGAAUUCUACCACAAGUUAGGCAUGGAGGUGCCUGGAGACAUCAAGGGGGAGACCUGUUCUGCAAAGCAGCACCUGGAUCCCCACCGGAAUGGUGAAACCAAAGCAGAUGACAGUUCGAACAAAGAGGCCGCAGAGGAGAAGCAGGAGGAGGACAACGACUACCACAGAAGCGACGAGCAGGUGAGCAUCUGCCUGGAAUGCAACAGCAGCAAACUGCGGGGCUUGAAGCGAAAGUGGAUCCGCUGCUCGGCCCAAGCGACCGUCCUGCACCUGAAGAAGUUCAUCGCCAAAAAACUUAACCUUUCAUCUUUCAACGAGCUGGACAUUUUAUGCAACGAGGAGAUCCUGGGCAAGGACCACACGCUCAAAUUUGUGGUUGUCACCAGGUGGAGAUUCAAGAAGGCGCCGCUCCUGCUGCACUACAGACCCAAGAUGGACCUGCUCUGAGCCCGGCCCUGGGCUGGCCCCGCCCCGCCAGGCCGCGGCCGGCAGGCUCCUGGGGACCAGAUUUCUGAACAGAGUAUUUAUAACUUUUGUAUGAGAGAACUCACACUCAACGAGACACUACCAGCACCGCGGUUACGAGAUGACAAAACACUUCACUUCACAGUCUUAGCGGCCGAAGAGGCGCCUCUCACAGACUGGACGGGAAACACAGCGGCCACGCGACCUUCGCUUGCUUUCCAGGCCUUGGAAAUCUGGUCAUUUGAGUUCGAUUGAUGAAUUAGGGUUCACAGUAAGCCUCGAAAAUACUUUAUGUUUAUUGAACCCUUCCUAAGUUAUUGAGAAAAUAUCUUUUCAUGGUGAAUGAUGAUAUUUAUGUUGCCUUUAGCUUCCUGAAGACUUAGAAGGUAUAUAAAGGUUUAAUUUAAAAGCAUACCAAAAGAGGUUUCCAUUAAUGAGUUAGCCACGGUAUUUAAUUUUCCACAUUAGGAAACAGGAAAGGCCGAGAGCUCCCCUGCCUCCCCUCCCCUGGGCUCCGAGGGCCACUCAGCCCUGAGGCGAGAGAGGGUCCCCCCCCCACUCCCUGCCACGCCCCCCAGACGCGGGCACACGCAGGUGGCCCGGUGCGCCGGGCAGGAGGGCCGGAGGCGGCACACUGGUUGGCAGAGCCGUCCUUCUUCUUCAGCCUCACCGGGGGGAGCGGGGCUGCUGUGCUCGGGGCCGCCGCUUCGCUCGCCUGCUUAGUUCUCCCCGUCUUCGUCUUGCUGAAGGCAGAGGUGGCAGCCGUGUGAGGGGUUCCCGGUGGACGAGGGCUGGUGCCACGGGCGUGCGGGCUCCGAUCCGCACCGCGGCCGCCCUGCUUGUGCACGAAGCUCGUGCACCCUGUGGCUGCCCGCAGCAGGCGAUGCGCCCUCAAGCCAAGCCUGGGGGGUGCCUGCUGGCUGCCUUUUCGGUGACUUAACGUCCUAAAGUGCCAGUCACAGGCAGCACACGCUUUGUCAACCCCUUUCUCCUCCCAAAUGUCAAUAUUUUUGUGGAACUAAAGAAUAAAUAUUUCCUUGAAAGUAGUAACUUGGAACGUGGGAGGCAGGAAGGAGAAGGGAACCACUUUCUGGGGCAGUGGAGGCGUUGCCCCGGGUUCUCUGUCCGUCCUCGCCCUCUGCACCCGCACCGCUUUCUCAGAGAGCUUGGCGUUCCACCGCCCUCGCCCGCCGCCUCCGCUCACCCUGCAGGCAGGCGGGGGGGCCUGGGUCCAUCAGCCCCCAUCCACCGCCUCUGUUCACGGACCGUGUCACCUUACUCACUAGCAUUUUUCCCUCCAAUUUGCUUUGAAAGUUAUGGUGGGGUUUCCUCUGCUUCCCAUUUCAUACACGUAGAUGUCAGGAGCGGCCACUAACGAGACCUAAUCUUGGUGACGAGAAAACCACUCAAAUUAAUUCAGUCCAAGUGAUUUUAACGUAAGGCCUUUUACACACAUAAAAACAGAUUAUUGGGGAUUGGCCAAAAUUCAUAUCUUCAUUUAAGCCCAUUAACUCCCAGUGCUGUUUGAAUUGUUCAGUUACCUAAGCUUGCUAUUCAUCCAAAUCGUGUUCUAGAGUUGCUCUACUAGGGUUAAUGAGUAGAUGUGUAUGAGCAAAUAUUACCUGUCUACCUCAGAAUACACAUUACUGCUGAAGCACUCUGCACCACCACACGUUACCACAGUGCGGUUUUCGGGUUAGCGUUAGAACUUGGGUAUUUUCCUGGGUAGUGGAGGAGGGGAGGGUUAAACAGUGUAAGCAUCCACAUUCAAACAAAAUCGACUCACGGUUCAGAUUAGACUGAGUAUCGCUGUAAUAAUCUCAUAAUAUAUAUUUGUAACUUUGUAGCUAUCUUUGAAAUCACUUGAAUCUGCUAUGGUGCUAAGUGGACGUACUUAAAUACACAGAGAGGUGGACGCAGGGCUGACGCGGCCGGCGGGCGGCUGGCCCUCCUGUGACCCCCUUUUGUAACCGUGUCAACCUGACGAAACCUCAGCAGCAGAAGUACCUAUUUUUCUAAGAUCCCUCACGCAGACUGUCUUCGCUGCAGGACGGCCCCGGGGACCCCCGCCCCCCAGCUGACGGGAGCCCAGAGCCUGCGUCCCAGGGCAGCUUCCGUGGCCCCUACCCCGCCGUCAUGCUUUCGUUUCACAUCAUAAAGCUGAAUUUAAUUUCCAGCAUGAAAGCCAGGAUCAGUUAGUGAUUGGAUCCUGCUAAGUUUUUUCUUUUAACAGAUGGAGUUACUGUGAAGUAGUUUUCACGCCUGUUCAUGCUGGUAAAGCAAGAGCCGCUCAGUUACCUUCCUGCGUCACCGGCACCGGCACCGGCACCGGCACCGGCAGCGGGAUGCCCUGCCCGGCACGUGGUCUCGCUAAACGCAGUUUUCAUGAAAAUAGAAAAUUCAGAUAGAAUAUAUAAAUAUUGAAUUUAAGAUUUGGGGGGUUAAAGAAAAGAAAACUUAACUUUAUAAAAUUAUUUAUUCUAUUUUAAGCCUUCUAUCAUAUUUUCCCAUCCGAUUGUUUGGUUUCCGUGGUCCAGCUUUAUUUACAGGCAUAUAAGAUGAAAUUGUGACAUGUUUUGCAAGCUUCUUCUUUUACUUUGAGUAGCUUUUAAUUUGUACGUUUUGUUCUAUAUAGCUGAGGAGCAUUGUUUAUGCUUUUGUGCAAUAGGUCCCAGGAUGCGUUUAUUAGACAUCUGUUUAAGUUGUAAUGUUGCAUCUCUUCUGCUAAAUUGAAAGGGAACGUAGGUGGAAUUUCAAAAUAUGUACAUUCAGCUAUUUGGCUUUCCUUUUCAUUGUUGUUAUAAGAAUGCUGUUUCUGGGGAUGGUUUGUGUGUGUGCAAGAAUGCCUGUCAGCAAUAUUUUAGGGCGCGAGACCGGGCAGGCUGCCGUGAGGUGGUGCGUGGCCAUCCUGGACCGGCCUCGCGGCCGCCCCAGGUCUGCUAUUUUCAGACCCCGAGUGCGGCCCUUGGAUGCCCCACCCCAUGUCGACCAGAGCACGGAUGUGUGGGUGCUAUUUUCCCCGUGGGCUCCCGAGCCCUCUGGGGCGUGUGGCCUCUGGUGCCUCCUUGUGGCGAAGUCUUUAGCGAUCCAUUUCCUUUUAUCCUCAAAGCGCACAGGAUGGCAUUUUACAGCAAUUUAAAAUGUGUCAUUGGAUUGAAUGUUCCAGGAACGAGCCAGCUGAUUUCUACUUUAUACGUGAGUAUUAGAUGUGCUUUUAAGACACUGAAAAUAAACUGAGCUCAGAUAAAUCA